AUGGCUAGCCUCAACGUCGAUGAGGUGCUGAAGAAGCUGACUCUGACAGAAAAGGUCGAGCUGCUCUCUGGCAUUGACUUCUGGCACACCAAGGCUUUGCCAAAGCAUGGAAUACCCUCCAUUCGCAUGUCCGACGGCCCUAACGGCGUCCGUGGAACCAAAUUCUUCAAUAGCGUGCCCGCCGCUUGCUUCCCUUGCGGCAGUGCCCUUGGCUCUACCUUCAAUCAAGAACUUCUUGAACAGGCCGGCAAAACCAUGGGCUACGAGGCCAUCGCCAAGAGCGCCCAUCUGAUUCUAGGUCCGACAAUCAACAUGCAGAGAUCUCCGCUUGGCGGCCGUGGCUUCGAGUCGAUUGGCGAAGAUCCAUUCUUGAGUGGUCUUGGCGCUGCAGCGUUGGUCCGUGGCAUUCAGAGCACUGGCGUAGUCGCUACUAUCAAGCACUUUCUCUGCAAUGACCAAGAGGACAAACGCAUGGGCGUGCAGAGUAUAGUCACUGAGCGUGCUCUCCGCGAAAUUUAUGCAAUGCCCUUUCAAAUUGCCGUUCGUGACGCCCACCCUGGCGCCUUCAUGACCGCAUACAAUGGCGUCAAUGGCACCUUUUGCAGCGAGAACACCAAGUACCUUGAUGGUAUGCUGCGCAAAGAAUGGGGCUGGAACGGCCUUAUUAUGAGUGACUGGUAUGGCACGUAUAGCACAAAUGAUGCCGUCAAGGCCGGCCUCGAUCUCGAAAUGCCAGGUCCUUCACGCUUCCGCGGGGAGGCUCUCCAAUUCAAUGCCUCAACAGGCAAACCAUUUAUUCAUCACAUCGAUAACCGCGUGCGUGCUGUUCUUAACCUUGUCAAGAAGGUUUCUUCACUACCUAUACAUGAGAAUGGACCUGAAAAGACGCUUGACACACCUGAAACGGCCGCCCUGCUGCGAAAAAUUGGCAAUGAAAGCAUCGUCUUGCUUAAAAACGAUGAUAAUACGCUGCCAUUUUCCAAGGAGAAGAAGACCUUGGUAUUGGGGCCAAACGCUAAGGAGGCUACUUACCACGGAGGUGGCUCUGCUGCCCUUCGCGCAUACUACGCCAUUACCCCUUACGACGGUAUCAGUGAGAAACUGGGCAGCCAACCUACCUUCACCGUUGGUGCCUAUACCCACCGCUUUCUUCCUAUUUUGGGCAAUCAACUCACCGACCCUAACGGACAACCUGGCAUGCGCUGGAGGGUCUUCAACGAAGCACCCGGAACCACUGACCGCAAAGUAAUUGAUGAGCUUCAGUUCACCAAGACCGAGAUGCAUCUAGUCGAUUACAGUAACCCCGAAGUCAGCGAUGUGUGGUAUGCGGAUCUGGAAGGCUCUUUUGUGGCUGAUGAAGAUUGCACAUAUGAACUCGGCAUCGUUGUUUCCGGUACGGCCAAGGCAUUUAUCAACGAUCAGUUGGUUGUCGAUAAUGCCACGAAGCAAACUGCUGGUGACGCAUUCUUUGGCGCGGCGACCCGUGAAGAGCGCGGUCGUGUCGAGAUUAAGAAAGGCCAGACCUACAACUUCCGCAUCGAGUUUGGUUCUGCCCCUACUUUUACCCUCAAGGACGAUGCUCACGUGCCUGGCCAUGGCUCUCUGCGCGUCGGGGGCUGCAAAGUCAUCGACGACGAGCAGGAGAUUAAGAAGUCGGUCCAGCUGGCCAAAGAGCAUGACCAAGUGAUCAUCUGUGCAGGCCUCAACGCCGACUGGGAGAGUGAGGGCGGGGACCGCGCAUCCAUGAAGCUGCCCGGCGUUCUGGACCAACUCAUUGCCAAGGUCGCCGUCGCCAAUCCCAACACUGUCGUGGUCAUGCAGACUGGCACGCCCGAGGAGAUGCCCUGGCUCUCGCAGGUCAAGGCGGUCAUUCAAGCCUGGUACGGGGGCAACGAAACUGGUAACUGCAUCGCCGACACAAUUUUCGGCGAUUCUAAUCCCUCUGGCAAGUUGUCACUCAGCUUUCCGAAGCGCUUGCAAGACACCCCCGCCUUCCUCAACUUCCGCGCUGAAGCUGGCCGCACGCUGUACGGUGAGGACGUCUACAUUGGUUACCGCUACUACGAGUUUGCCGAUCGAGAGGUCCAUUUUCCCUUUGGCCACGGCCUCUCGUACACCACCUUUAGCUUCUCCGGCCUGUCCGUUGCCGUCGUCGACGGCAGGGUCAAGGCUACCCUCACGAUCACAAACACGGGCGGCAGGAAGGGCGCCGCCGUCGCGCAAAUGUAUGUCCAGCCGAAGCAGGCGGCGCGCGUCAAUCGUCCCGUCAAGGAGCUACGCGGGUUUGCAAAGGUGGAGCUCGAAGCCGGCGCAUCGAAGAAGGUCACGAUUGGUGAGCUCGAAAAGUACGCCGCGGCGUACUUUGAUGAAGAGCGCGACCAGUGGUGCGUUGAGGCAGGCGACUACGACGUUAUCAUCAGCGACAGCAGCGCCAUCAAUGAGCGAACGGUGCGGGUUACUAUUAGUGUGCCCGAGUCAUAUUGGUGGUCUGGCAUCUAG